AUGGCUUCCUUUAAAGAAUUAUCCCUCUCGCGUCCUCUCCCCCAGUCCAACCCCCGCCAUGCCCACUCCAUCUCCCUGGGCGCCGUCAACCACAACCAUCGAGUAACCCGACGGAAGAGUGUCACCACCGCUGCCGCCAAUGCGGCCGCCGCUGCUGUCGCCGCCUCCUUGAAAGAGGAGUCGACCACCGUCCCCAUGCCCGCCCUUCGCCGCGGGAGCCGCAAAGGUCUGGAGUCCAGCUCGGUCGGUGCCCCCUCCGGUUUCGGCUCGUAUCUCUCCCGGAGUAUGAACAGCCCCAGCCAGGAGCCUCCGGUCGCUCGCAAGACCUCCCCUUCCCAUUCCCAAGAUGGUUCAGCCGCACCCCCCGCGGACGACAUUACUCCGGCCACCAAGCCCGUCACCACCAAGAACCGAAACCGUCGCGCCAGCGAGGGGUCGCACCUAAUGAAGGGCGAAGGCAAGCGCUCCGCACCCGAACUGCGCUGCGAUCGUUGCGGGAAGGGGUAUAAGCAUGGCAGUUGUUUGUCCAAGCAUAUGUGGGAACACGAUCCCGCAUGGGCUAUUACUUCCAAGUUGUUGAUCUCCAAGCAUCAGCAAGUGCAGCUGCUCGAGGCUGCCUCGGUCUUGGUCAACAUGAACCAGGAUGGGCCGGAAGCUGAUUCCGAGGUGUCGUCUGCCUCGCCUGACGCCUCCUCCGAGGUGCGCGAUGGCCUCAGCUCCGCUGAAACCACGCCGCCCCCCAUGGAUGAGGACGACGACGACGAUGAUGAUGACAUGUUGAUCGAGCCACCCACCGGAGGCAAGCGAUACAGUGUCGGCAACAUCUCGGCCCAUUUCUCCCACUCCUACCAGUCCGGCCCGUCCAGCUCCUUCACCGGUAGUGCUCCCUGGGCGUCGCCCGCCUUCUCGCACUUCCGCCACUCCAGCAUCGACACCCGACCGUCGACGGCCGAAGCCAAGUUGCAUGAAGAUGACGAGGCGGAUCUGGCUGCCGCGAUCGGACUCUGCACCUUCGGAACGCCCCGAACGGGGCCUGUGGCCAUGUCUCCCAGCGUGCCCCCGGUGCCGCCCCUGCCCAGCCGCUUCCUGGACCAGAAUGGCUCCGCGAGCAACCACAGCCAGAGUCUGGAUCAGUCCAAGACCAAGGGCCUGGCUGAUACGGCGAUCCUGGGCUCCAGUGCGAACCUCUUCCCCUCGCUCUCCUACAACCCGUCGCUGUCGUAUAAGGUGUCGGAUGAGCGCGAAGUGCGCAUGGGCGAUGCCGACCGUGCGUCCCGACAGACUCGCAAUGCGGAUGUUGACUUUGGAAACCGUCCAACGGCGGACGACGAUGACGACGGCGUUUUCGGUCGGAUGGAGGAGUAG